UGAGUUCUACUGCCCCCUCCCCCGCCCCCCUUACCCUCACCCCCCCUAAAGACAGAGGAUCAGGGAGGGAGGCGAAAGGCUCUGGCCCAACGUACGUCCCCUCGGUCGGGUCUUUUGGGGACAUGGGGUCCCCUGACUGCCGUGGUGCUGGAGGAGGAGUGGGUGGAAGCGGAGCCAAGGAUGUAAAAGGGGCAGAGAAGAGCGGAGGGGGAGGAAGAGGAGGAGGGUCUAGUGAAAGUCUUUCUCUUCUUAAUCCUCAUCAUCCUCAGUCUAGUAACUGCCAGAGGAAGCCGUCGUCCCAGACGCAGCAGCCCCAGCCCCAUCAACAGCAGCUGGGCUACGGCAAGGCAGACAAGCCCCCAGACUGGAACCAGAACCACAAAUACAACCAACACCACCACAGCCAGAACAACCAGCCUAAAUCCCAGCCUCAGCCCCAUACCUCUAACCCCCAGUCCCACCACCCUAACCCCAAGCCCGGGCCUCGCUCCUGCAGCCUAGAGGCCUCUUCUUCCAGGGGAGAGUUGGAGGUCCUAGAGGUCUACCGGCCCUCCCUGCCUCUUGAAGCCCAGAGCGCUUACCCCGGGGUUGGGCACCACGCCAACAAGACUGGGCCCUACGCCAGCACCCCGCCCUUCCGGGACUGUUCCCACUCAGCUCCUCCUGAGGGAAAGGGGGGGUCAGGAGGGAGAGCCCAAAGAGUUGGGCAGAAGGUUGCUAGGAUAAAGCACCAGCAGCACAGUAGUCAUGGCAGCGGGUCAGGUUCUGAUGGAUCAGGGACUGAGAGGGGGAGAGAGGGGGGUAGGCAGAGUCAGAAUCAGAAUGGUGAGGGUGGUGUUGUUAUGGGGUACGGGGUUCAAACGCCCCCCACACUGCACCCUUGGGGGGUACUGAGAGGUCCUCAAGAGGACGAGAGGAGGUUGUCCCCCCACACAGAGUCCUACCCAGAUAACAGGACUCAAAACCCCCAUGACCAACAGCAGUCUAUGACAGCACCUCACCCCUCUCACCCCCACUCCUCCCCCAACCCAGAGGGAGAGAGCAGCGCCAUGAAGAACCUAAUGAACUACAGUUCGCAGCAGCCUUUGCUGCUUUCCCAGAGGAGUCCCUUCGGGGGGCUGGGCUGCCUGAAGCAAGGGGGUGAGAGGGGAGUGAAGGGGGGUAGACCCAGCGCCCCUCAGGAUCCCCCCAAACAGCCCCUACCCCCUAGGAGAGGGUCCACCAGCGAYGGGGAAAGGAUGGACGGAGGGGGAAGAGGGGGGAGGGAGGCGGGGGAGACACACGGGGAGGGGGAGGUGCGACAGCCCCCUGUGGGUAUAGCUGUGGCGGUUGCCCGGCAGAGAGAGCCCCCCCAACGCCCGUCUGAUACCCCCCCAGGACACAGCCGACAGGGCAGGGUGCUGCCCAGCAUCAAAGGUAUGUCUCGCUCUGUGUACCCGCUGGGCCGGGAGGCAGAAGAGAGGAAGAGGAUGACAGAGGAGCAGCUGAGCCUUCAUCACCUUGACCGAGACAGAGAACUCCUCAUCAGGGAAAACAAGGAGAGAGGGGAGUUUGCCAGGAUCCACCCAUCCAGCAGUUGCCAUGGUGACCUGACCUCUCACCUUCUGGUGCCUGGCGGGGCCAGCCAAUUAGGUGGAGACCCUUCUGCUCAUGCCCACCACCAUUGGAUGCAGCGGACUGGAAGUCCCUCCCUUUGGAUGGGCCAUUCAUAUGGUCUGAGCCAUGCUGCGCUCCACCAGAGUAUGGGCCCAGGGUUUGGCCCUGGCCUGCCCAGCCCCCUGCAGCCUGUGCUGCCUCUGUCCCAGGACCCCUCUGGUUCCCUGGUGGUCCUACCCUCAGAGCCUGGAGCACACCACCACCUGGAUGUGAUGGACCAGUCAGCUCUGUGGCCCUCGGUCUACGGAGCCCGAGGUCCCUCCCCCCACAUGCAGCAUCACGCUGUUUACUCCCGUUCGCCGUUCCUACGGCAACAGGAGCUCUACGCCCUGCAGCAUCAGCACCACCAGCAACAACACAGGGCCAUGGAGCAUAUGCACCGGCAACACACACUCUCACAGAGGAAGGCAGAGGACACCACUAUCACCAUUGACGACCCUCCUCUCCACGACACUUCGAGAACCUCCCGUGCUUAAGCCCUUCUCCCAUACCUCCCUCCAAGACCACCCUCCCUCC